GGAAUGAGUGUUCUUUCCAUCGUGCGACCUCCUUUUAACUUUCAAAUUUCAAUAAUAAGGCCGGUCUAUUAUUACAAAAAUAAAAUAAUAAGAAGACCGGUCUUCAUACGAAAAAAAAGGCCGGGCUAUUCAAUACACCAAAAAUAAAGGCCGGAUUUUCUACCUCUCGCAAGCAGGCAACUAGGCAAGGCAACCACCCACGGUCCAGAGAGCCGCUGAUACCGGCUUACAACACACUUCUCACCGGAUCUCCGCCAUAUGCGAUUCUUUGCGCGGCGUUGCUUCUAAGGUUUUAUGAGAUGAUUUCUGUAAAUUGAAUUUGAAUCCGGAUUGGAGGGCAAAUGCUGGAAAUGGAGAAUGAUACUGCAAGUUCAGUUGAUGUUAUUUUGGAAUUUUUGAAAAAGAAUGGAUUUUCACGGGCUGAAGCUGCGUUGCGCAAUGAGUUGAAUAAUCGUCCUGAUAAUAAUGGGUUUCAGAAAUUAAGCCUUGAAGAGAAGGAAAGGGGUAAGAAAGCUGUAGAAGAAAAUGUGGAGAAGAUUUCAGUUGGAAAAUUAGAUUUUAGUUCCUGGAGUAGUGGUGAGGUUUCUAAAGAGCUUAUUGUCAAAGAGAUAGAAUGUGGAACAACUAGUCAUGGCAAGAAAAGCAAGUGGAACUCAACUUCUAUAGAUGACCCAAAAACUGCGGUCGACAAAAGCUUCUCUUUUUCAAAAGGUUCUGAUGAUACAGUUCUGGAUUUAUGUUCCUGGAAGUAUGAUCAAAAGAACAGCUCUGGGGAUCAUUCUAAAAGCAGCAGUAGUAUUAUAGAUCCUGCUCCCCCUGAUUUACAGACUGGCUGCCCUUCAAAUUUUCGUGUUUCUGAGUCCUUAAGUGGUAUGGGAAAAGUUGAUUUGCAACCAGUUAAUGAUAUCAUCUUCUCGGAAAAGCGAUUAUCUUGGGUUUCUGGUUCUGGUAAAGCAAGUACUGAUGCAAACUGGGAGUCUCAGCCAAUUGAUCUUAAAGAUGUUGAUAAACACAAACAAAGUGACAUUUUGCAAUCUAAAGGCAACUCUGCAGAUGAAACUAAAGCUAGAAACGAAGCCGGUUCUUGUUCCUCACGGGGCAAAUCGAACGAUUGUGCCGUCAAGACUGUUUUGUCAUUUUCUAACAUGGAUAUUCCAACCAACAGUGACAGUGCUCUUGUUUCCGGAAACAAGGACGUAUCUAGGAAAUCAAACAUGGACGACAUUAGAGCUGCUGUUAAGGAACAAGUGGAUGAGGUUGGAAGGUCUCUAUAUCUCUCGAAGCUUCAAGGAAUUUGUCACAAAAAGGAUGUAGACUAUUCAGGUUUGCCUUUGAUUUCAGAGACUCAGAAGGAAGAAUACCCUAGGUUACCUCCUGUUCGACUCAAGUCUGAAGAUAAGCCGUUGAGUGUUAAUUGGGAGGAAAGAUUUGAUAAUGAUGGACCGAGUUUGAAGUUGAGUAGUUCUGAUAGUGCUUAUCUUUUGGGUUCGUAUUUGGAUGUUCCUGUUGGUCAAGAGAUCAGUUCUUCAGGUGCCAAGAGAGUGAAUGGAGGCAAUUGGUUAUCUGUAAGUCGGGGUAUAACAGAAGAUGCUUCUGAUCUAGUCUCUGGUUUUGCUACCAUUGGUGAUGGCUUAAGCGAAUCUAUUGACUACCCGAAUGACUAUUGGGACUCUGAUGAGUAUGAUGAUGACGAUGAUGUGGGAUACAUGAGACAACCUAUUGAGGAUGAGACUUGGUUUUUAGCUCAUGAAAUUGAUUAUCCAAGCGAUAAUGAAAAAGGAACGGGACAAGGGAGUAUACCGGAUCCCCAAGAGAGGGCUAUAACCAAGGUGGAGGAGGAUGAUCAAUCCUUUGAGGAGGAGGAUUCUUAUUUUUCUGGUGAGCAAUAUAUCCAUUCAAAAUCCAUGGAGCCUAUUUCAGCUUUGAAUGAUCCUAUUGGGCUGUCUGUUACAGAAGUGUAUGAGAAAUCUGAUGGUAAUAAUAUAAUAGGUCAUUAUGACGGUCAAUUGAUGGAUGAGGAAGAGCUGAACCUUAUGCGUUCUGAACCUGUUUGGCAAGGCUUUGUGACACAGUCAGAUGAUCUGAUCAUGCUGGGUGAUGGCAAGGUCAUGAAUGAAUGUGGGAGGCCUGUGCUGGAUGAUGGAUCCAUUGACGAUGACCAACAUGGUACUGUUAGAUCCAUUGGUGUGGGAAUCAACAGUGAUGCUGCUGACAUUGGUAGUGAAGUACGUGACAGUUUAAUUGGUGGAAGUAGUGAGGGGGACUUUGAGUAUUUCCAUGAUCAUGAAGUGUUUCAAAAAAGGACUACCAAGGACAGGAAAAAAGUGUUUAAGCAUGAAGCUGAUCAAUAUUUGAUGGAAACUGAUAAAGAUACAUGCUUACAACUCAGAAAUCAUUCAGAUGUAGGGUUUUCAUUUGUGCCUCCUAUGAGAGGUGAGCCUGCAGGCUCUAAUAAACCUUUAUGGUCUAGCAACAACAAUAGUGUAGGUGAUGAAUGUAAUUAUAGUUUAGGAAAUGAUGAUAUGCUUGCAUCAUGGAGACAAAAAAGUAGCAGUUCUUCACCAACCAGGAGUCCUGAAAAUGAAAAUAAUCCUCCUAUUGAUAGAUCAGCUGAAUCUAGUCCUUUUACUCUCUCAGAUUAUGCUUAUGCUGAAAAGGUUCGUGUAAAAAGAGCAGUUGAUGAAAAAACGGCAAGCUUGAGAGAAGAUGAUGUUGGAGCAUCUUUGGAGGAUGAAGAAGCAGCUGCUGUUCAGGAACAAGUGAGGCAGAUAAAGGCACAGGAAGAGGAAUUCGAGACUUUCAAUUUGAAAAUAGUGCAUAGAAAAAACAGAACUGGCUUUGAAGAAGACAAAAAUUUUCAUGUAGUACUUAACUCAGUCAUAGCAGGACGCUACCAUGUUACCGAGUAUCUUGGAUCAGCUGCAUUCAGUAAAGCUAUUCAAGCACAUGAUCUACAUACAGGCAUGGAUGUUUGUGUGAAGAUUAUAAAAAAUAAUAAGGAUUUUUUUGAUCAGAGUCUUGAUGAGAUAAAGCUUCUCAAGUUUGUAAACAAACAUGAUCCCGCUGACAAGUACCACAUUCUCCGGUUAUAUGAUUAUUUUUACUACCGUGAACAUUUGUUAAUUGUUUGUGAGCUUCUCAAGGCAAACUUGUACGAGUUUCACAAAUUUAAUAGGGAAUCUGGUGGAGAGGUUUAUUUUACUAUGCCAAGAUUGCAGUCAAUCACAAUUCAAGUUUUGGAAGCUCUUCAGUUUCUGCACAGCCUUGGGCUUAUACAUUGUGACUUGAAGCCUGAGAAUAUCCUAGUAAAGAGCUACAGCAGAUGUGAAGUGAAAGUAAUUGACCUUGGGAGCAGUUGUUUUGAAACAGAUCAUCUAUGUUCAUAUGUUCAAUCGAGGUCAUACCGAGCACCAGAGGUUCUUUUGGGCUUGCCAUAUGACAAAAAGAUAGAUAUCUGGUCUCUUGGGUGCAUCUUGGCAGAGCUUUGUACAGGCAAUGUCCUAUUCCAAAAUGAUUCUCCAGCGACAUUACUUGCUCGAGUCAUUGGUAUAAUUGGCCCGAUUGACCAGGGGAUGCUUGCAAAGGGAAAAGAUACAUACAAAUAUUUUUCCAAGAAUCACAUGCUUUAUGAACGAAAUCAGGAAACAAGCAGGUUGGAAUACUUGAUUCCUAAGAAGACGUCCCUAAGACAUCGGCUGCCGAUGGGAGACCAAGGCUUCAUAGAUUUUGUUGCACAUUUGCUUGAAAUAAACCCAAAAAAGCGUCCUUCUGCAUCUGAGGCCUUGAAGCACCCAUGGCUUUCAUACCCAUAUGAACCAAUAUCAUCUUAGGAUCAUCAAAAUAGCUUGGUCUAAAUGACAAGCAGGGCUGCCACAUAAGUGCUUGUGGUAAACCUCGUCUAGGACACAGCCUACCACGAUUCAGUUGUGCCAACUGAUUAGCUCUGAAGAGUCAUAUAUGAUGCCAAUUUGUCCUUGUGCCUUGCCUGCUCAAUGCUGCUGCUAAAAGGUGAUUUGGUUCUGUUUUUGUGUUUCCCGAAUCAGCAGCCACAUUGUAUUCUGUUUUGACAAUUAUCAGAAGCUUUAAUUUGCUACUGAAAGUUAUGUUCUUAGGCAUAUUAGUCUGUUCUCAUUAUUCCCCCUUUUUUCUUGACCUUAACUUUUUUAGGGUUUUUCUUAUAAAUUUAUUUUGGUUCUAGUGUACUUGGGGGGAAGGUAGAGGGGGCAUACCGCAAACCAGCGUUGGGCUGUUGUAAAUGUUGUGAAAUGUGAUUAUCCAUUUAGUUCUGGCCACAA